AUGGCAGCGGACCGUUUCAACAUCAACCGACAAUGGGAACAUCUGCAGGCCAAAUACGUGGGCACAGGGCACGCUGACACCACGAAAUUUGAGUGGGCUGUAAACCAGCAUCGUGACACGUUGGCGUCGCAUUUGGGCCACUCAGACAUGCUGGCAUACUUUGCUGUGGCGGAGAACGAGGCCAUGGGUCGAGUGCGUUAUAACAUGUUGGAAAAAAUGCUUCAGCCUUGUGGACCCCCGCCGCAGAAGGAAGAGGAAUAG